GAACGACAAUGGACAAGUACUUGAUUUUGGCCAUCUGGUAUUCUCUUCUAAAACUGUGUUCAUCCACGGAAAACUUGACAUGCCCGGAUGGGAUGCGGGCGAAGAAACUUCAUUCAAUCGUAAUCUCUCAUGGAAGUAGCUAUUCACCCAAAGAUUUUACUAAUGUUUUAAGAUGUGUCUUCUGCGAAAGCGCUGCCGACACAAUGAACUCUCUGGACAUCUGUGUGGAACAGGGGUCAUUUUGGACAAGGAUUCAGAAGGAGUCGCAUUCGACGGCAACAGUUAAAAAGAUACCACACUCCCUCAAGUCUGAUCUUGGACCUGUUUUGUUGUUAAAUCAGGACUUCAAGGGAUUUUGUGGCAUACAACUUCGAACUGGAAUGAUCAGGCAAUUAUCCCGAUGGUUCGAUUCGGUUAAAGCUAUUCAAUGCUCAUACGAAACCAGAGAGAAAGCUCUCGACUUCCGAGACAAUGAAUUGAUCUGUUGGCCAAAAGAUCGCUCGUUGAAAGCUUUUGGUGAAGUCGAGGUCCACAAAGACCUUCAGAGAUAUCCCACCUUCACGUUUGAUUGUUCCAUUUGCGGUGGAUCCAGAUUGAAUCAAGCCGUUCAUUUCUGUCGAACGAGUUCAUCACGAAACGCAACAAAAACCUGGAUUGACUUGAACAAUGAAUGUCUUGAGAAGACAUGUCCAAAAACGCUUGAACUGGAAAAGAUCGGAAUCCUCCUCGGCAGAAAUGGAACCACUUUGUUGAUCAAAGAUCCGCACUCUCAGAGCAGUUUCACUAUUACACGGUUGAUGGUUCUCAUCGGUUUGCUUGUGAUGGGAUGCAUGGCUUUGGCUUGUUUGGCAGCAAUGGUUCAAGGGAUGCGGUGGGUUUUGGAUAAGCUUAUCGUCAAAUUGAGUGAACAUCAGGUUAAAAGGCAAAUCCGCAGGGCUCAAGAACAAUGCAGUGGAAAGGUAUCCUCUGUGUCACAUGAGUCGACUUCGGCAACUGGAAUGUGUGCCUACGAAAACAUGCGAGGAUCCAUCUUAGCGUGAUUUUGCUCAAAAUAAAACUUGAUCCUUCAGAAAACAAUUGGCUUUUACAAUUUGCAAAUGUGAGAUUGGAAACAUUAAUCAUCCAAUUUUAGGCGCGUUCUUCCUAAGGAAGUGUGAUAAAGUAGGCACACCAUUCUAAAAUCUUGAGAAGUCGAUCAGUAUAACUUGAUAUGGAAUAUUCACGCUUGUUGUUUCUCAUUUCAUUAGCCGCAACGGCUCACGGCAUGAUUCAACUGAAGUGCCCGUACAGUCAGUUCAUCACUCAUCAGUUCACAUAUGUGCAAUCUUUGAGCAAUUACACUUACACUCACGAUAAGACGGACUUUCUCAUCUGCAUUCUGUGUGACGAUCAACUGGAGAUGUGCCAUGCAGGGGGACCACUCUACCAGAAAUUAGGAUGGUUGGCAUCCACACAAGGCAAUCAAAAAGAGGUUUAUCUUGAGCGAAUCCAGGCCACCAACUUGGAUAAACCCUCACAAGAGAGCUUUAUUCAAAUAAAGCCUCGGGGAUGUGUCCUGAAGUUCCCCGAGGCGCCCACCCUAAAGUCAUUCCUUGACAACGCGGAGUAUACCACAUGCGACAAUGGGAAUCAAACCAGAAAUGGAACACUUGAGCAAAUUGGUUUUGAUAUGCAAUGUCCAGAGCCCGAUCAGAGGAUCCACAGUUUCACUCUGUUCGAACUCGUUUCUGUGGAUCCACCGGAACGCCACGUUUGUAUCGAAUGCGGACCAUCUUCGCCUAUUUUAAUGUGCUUUGCCAAGCUUCCAUGGAAGAACACUAAGCAGGAUUUUCCUUCGUUGUUCCACCAAUGCGUCUACAACUGCAGCGGAGACUCCACGGAUCCGUCAGAUAUUUGUCGAAUCACUUUUUUGCCGGAUUCCAUUCGAGAUCCAAUCAUUCAAUAUUGCGAUGGACGAGGUUCUCACGUGGUUGUCGGGGUCUUGUCUUCACUGGCUGUGGUGGUACUUUUGACCGUCGGUGGGUGGUUGGCUUACUAUUACAAAUAUGAAAUCAGCCUGUUCAUAAAUGGAAUUGCAGGCAAAUUACCCGGGAAGCCAAACAACGCACCCAAAAUCGUCCCCUCACUGCCGUCAGAGACAAUAUUUGAAGAUCACGAGCUAUCCAAUGUUGGGUACCAUGAAGAGGACUAUUACUGCUCGGGGGAACAAGAUUCUAAUGUGUAUUCCGGAACUAACAUAUACUACUCUAAUACAAACUUGAAUGGAGACUACUACAUUUGAAAGGAAUACGACGACAUGUUCCACUCUCAGAUCAACGGCUCUCACCUAAACUGUUUGAAGAGGAUAUCCAAAACGUGGUCAGUCCUAAGGAACACGAGUUCAAUACCAAUAGCAAGGAUAUCCUCAAAGAAUCCGGAUGAGCGAUUGUCUUCCAUGCCUCUUCAAAUAUCCUAGAAAAUGGGAAUGAUUCUCGCCUCGGAACCUGAAAUGUUAAUGUCAAGCCAGUAUUAGAGCAAUACAUCCUUUUUGAACUCGAAAA